UCUCAGUGAUUGUUUGUUUCUAGUCUCUGUCAUGGCUUUGUUUCUUCCGCAGAUACAUGGAGGAAAUGAGCGGAGAUCCAAACUGUGAAGACAUGCAAAGGAAGGACCAAAGAUUGACAUUCCAGAUCUUCCCUGACCCCGUUGGGGUUGUCCUGGACCCAGAAACCACCUUGAACCGCCUGGACCCCGACCACGCAAAGGAGCGUAUACCCUCCAUCGUCGUGGAACCCACGGAGGUGAGCGAGGUGGAGAGCGGAGAGUUGCGCUGGCCUCCGGAGACCAUGGACAUGGAGGAGGACGAGGAGGACCUGUUCUUGGAGCAGUGCACCCCGGCCAACAUUGCAGACUGGGGAGAAGAGGAGGAGGAAGAGGAGACAUCUGUUAUACUGAACGAGCAGCAUGGCUUGACACUAAUCGACCUUCAGACAGAUGCAUUUAGAGAUGACACCCCCACCCUUCCACCAAGCAGCGCUCCAGCCCUCAACUGACUUGACCCCGGCGACACAGCGGGGAAAUUUCCUGCUAAUAGUUCUAUGGCAACAACUAUGACAAAACAACCCGGAGUUUGACAGUUACAGAUGAUGCAAAGAGUGAACUGACAGCCGAUGUUGGUGAAGAGGAAAAACAGAAGUAUGAAAAUAUGUUUUUUAGAUGUCAAACACCGAUAAACAGCUACACACCGACUUUGACAUUUAUUUCCACGUUAAUAUGAAUCUGUACAAGAAGAGCAGUAUACAUACAUGCCUGCAGGCAUGAGAAAAGAGAACAGACAAAAAUACACAAAUACACAUUCUCACGCAAAAGUCAGCUUGCUGACGUUAGUGGCAGAGAUUUGAGCAAUACUGCAUUCACGUAUCUUUUUUUUUUCUACUUAUAGGGAAAGUUUCGCCGACGUUGUAACUUUGUGUUUCAUUUCCGUUGUUAUUUCCUAAUUUUUAAGGGCUCACUGGUGUCAUGGGGUUAUGAGAGAACAUCCUGCUAUGGUAACCAUUUUCUUUAGCUUGUGCUUUGUUAAUUUUUAUUUCAUCUCUGUACCUUAUUAAACAUAUUUCUUAUAGUCAUCAUUUUGACCCCACAGGUGGCUUUUGAGGACAUUUACCAAGUUAUAGCUUCAGUAUAAUAUUUUUUAGGGGCGCUGCUCUGGAUCUACUUGCUGCUGUGCUGAAUCUGUGGAGCACUUCGAGAUGACCACAUCCAGUAGUUCUGGUAUUUAUCAUCUUCCGUAAUGCUAGUGACAAAUGAUGACUCAUUUAGGAAUCUUAAAAGAAGCGAUUGCCACACUGUUACCAAAGUCACUGGUCAGUGUCCUGUUUUGGACAGGAGUGGACAUUCAGAUUGACGUAAGCCAUGUUGAAACAAAAAAAGGCAGGCAGCUCUAGUUGAUUUUAUUAACAGUUGUAGAUACCAUUGAGAAUUGUAGUUGUAUUUUAAUACUCUCAUUUGUGUUUAGGCUGAUUUGUGAAUAACUUGUAUAUAUGGAAAAUUUGUUCUGUUAUGGUAAGAUGAUAAUUAUGACUGUCAAUAAAGUAUUUU